AUGCGGCCAUCCAGCAGGGACGAAUUUUCAAUCGCUAUCAUCUGCUCUCUGACUCUCAAAGUGGAGGUCGUUGAAGAACUCUUGGAUGAAGUUUACGACAGAUUGGGCGGAUACUAUAGGAAACAGCCGGGAGACGAUAAUGCAUACAUCAAUGGGAGGAUUGGAAACCAUAAUGUCGUCGUGUGCUGUAUGCCGGGUAUGGGAAAAGGAAACGCUGCCAGCGUGGCAUCGAGUUUGAAAAUCAGCUAUCCAAGGAUCAGCCUGGCACUGGUGGUUGGUAUCUGUGGAGGUGCACCAUAUCCGUUAUCUGGUGAAGAGAUAUUUCUAGGGGAUGUCAUAAUAAGUGAUUCCGUGAUCCAAUACGACUUCGGCAGGCAAUAUUCUGGUGGAUUUGAAAAGAAGACUGGUGUGAAGGACUCGCUUGGAAGACCGAAUAAAGAAAUCCGAGCUUUUCUGGCAGCUCUCCAGACAAGACGCAGUCGCAGGGACUUGCAAGCUAAGAUGCUACGGCAUCUACAAGCUAUCCAGAGAUCAAACCCGGAGUGGCAUCGCCCGAGGUCUGCUGAUGAUAUUUUGUUUGAAGCAUCAUAUCAACACAAGCAUUUCAGUCCUACUUCCCCUAUAUGCUGUUGCCUUGGUGGCAAGUCUCGGGAUGUCUGCAAGUCCGCGCUGGACACGGCCUGUAUCCAAUUAGGCUGUGAUAAGAACCGAAUUUCCCGACUUCGAUGUAAUGCUGAAAACUGCAUCCCGAGCAUACACAUUGGGACAGUCGCAUCUGCUGAUACUGUGAUGAAGUCCGGUGAGCAUCGUGACCGUCUGGUCAAGUCUGACAAUGUGAUUGGUUUCGAGAUGGAGGGCGCAGGAGUAUGGGACAAUACUUCAUGCAUUAUCAUCAAAGGGGUGUGUGACUAUGCAGAUAGCCACCAGAACAAAGCAUGGCAAGCUUAUGCAACAGCAACUGGAGCGGCGACUGCCAAAGCUUUCUUGGAGUAUUGGGUACCCACUGUUCGAGAAGAAGCCAAUGAAUUUCAAGUCCCAUUAGAACUUUCAGCGUUUCCUGCGAUCGAGGAGUUUAUUGGACGAGAAGACGAUCUCAGCCGUCUAUGGGACUAUUUACAACCGACAAUUCCGCCGACACGAAAGGUUGCUGUCCUCCACGGACUUGGUGGGAUAGGAAAAACCCAGCUGGCAAUCAACUUUGCCCGGAAACAUAAAGAUGACUUCACCGCUGUCUUCUGGAUGAGUGGCAAAGAUCGAUCAGCGUUGAUACUGUCUUUGAGUAGUUGCUUUCCCCGGAUACUAGGACAUCGCAGGAACGAUGAGGCGAAAAACGAAGAAGAAGCAGAACAAAGAGCCAGUCAAGUACUGCAGUGGCUAGCAUUGCCGGGUAAUACCAAAUGGCUUAUUAUUUUUGACAAUGUCGACCAAUAUGCUCCGUUCCCUGACUGCAACACGUGUGGAUACGAUAUUUGUGAAUUCUUUCCAACAGCCGAUCAUGGUUCUAUAAUAAUCACUACCCGGCUCCAGAGGCUUACUGAAGUGGGGAGAUCAUUUUCAAUCAAGAAACUUACACAGGAAGAUGCCAUCCAGCUCCUGCUACAGAGCAGUGGCUUCUCAGCCCAAGGAGCUGCGCAAGUUGAAGCUAAAGGACCAAGACUAACAGCUGCAGAUAUAAUGGCUAUUGUAGAUCAACUGGAUGGGCUUUCGCUGGCAAUUGCACUUGCUGGGGCCUUUAUGCGUGAAACUGGAACCAGUUUCAAGGAAUAUCUACAGCUUUAUAAAGAUCAAUGGUCUGAGUUACAGUCCCAGGCCAAGCCUACACGCCAUUACCAGCAAGGGAAUAUACUUGAGACAUGGACGACCACGUAUCAAGGGAUCCAAAAACAAGAUCCAACUGCUGCAACACUGCUCCUUUUGCUUGCUUACUUUGAUAACAGAGAUAUCUGGUAUGAAUUAAUUCGAGGUGGUUUGAAUUGCUCUCACACUCCACCCUGGUUUAAGGCGGCAGUAUCAAACAAGCUAGCCUUCAAAGCAAGGAUCAAGGUGCUGGUUGAUUGUUCCCUUGUUGAGCCAAGGCAACAGGAAGGAAGCUUUACAAUCCAUCCGGUGGUACAGGACUGGUGUUUCCAUAUUGCUGCUUCAGAGGAACGAACAGUCCAGCUAUAUGAAUUAGCACUAGUCUCUGUUGGUUAUACAGUCCCACGCAAGGAUGACAGGGAGUAUGCACAGCUUCAGCAGCGAUUACUUCCACAUGCAGACUAUGUGAUUCAGAGGGAGAAAUACAGUUGGCUUGAGGACAAAGUCGCUGUGUGGAGAGCGCUCAGUAGGUUGGGAAAUCUCUACACUAAUCAGGGCAGGCUGCAGGAGGCAGAGGAGAUGUAUCAGCGAGCACUAGCAGGUUAUGAGAAGGCACUGGGCCCAGACCAUGCAAAAUCAUGCAAGCUUGCUGAUGAUCUAGCUUCUCGCGCUAGCCUCAGUGCCACACAAGAGAUGCCUGAUUCCAUGCCCUCCAACCCCACGGCAGGACAGCCACGGGCUGUCAGUACUCUCCAACCCUCUUUACCAGAAAGCCUACAGAAAAGGCAUGUUUUCUCGAGGAUUUUCUGCAGAAGAUAG